AUGGUAGGUCUGGAUUCCGGUUCUGUCUCGCUUUUAAACGUUCGACCAGAAUCUGGCUCGGGGAUAGAUAUGCUUGCAUCGGUCGUAGAGCACGACAACGUAGUGAGUUCACUUAGUGUCAGUCGCGACGGUACACGUGCACUGACCGGAAGCCUCGAUCGCAGUUUGAAGGUGUGGCACACUGAUUACCUUGUAUGCAGUCACACCUACCGGCCGGCUCAUGCCGACAUGGUAGUGAGCGUGGCCAUCCAUCCGGAACAGAACGAUGUGCUGGUCUCUUGCUCGGAGGACGGGCGUGUCAUCAUGUGGGAUUUGCGCAUGCCAAAACCGGCAUUAGGCAUUCCCAGGGAACAGUUUGGAAAUCGCCCUUCUUGCGUCUCGUUUGUUAACCGUUGUGGAAUCAACCUCGUGAUAGGUACCGUUUCAGGCCACCUGAUUCAUCUUGAUGCUUCGUCUCCAAAAUCCGCCCCUUCUUUCGAGUUGGGUGCUCAUUCAAGGGCCGUACGUACUAUAUGCCCAGCCGGAGAUGAUGACAAUCAGCUUUUAAUAGCUACUUGUGCUGAUGAUCGCACCACAGUCGUUUCUUCCGUUAGUCCGGCUCAUCCAAGAAUUUUACACUCUGAUGAGCUUCAUAGCGAUGUUGUCCGUGGCCUGGCCUGGUCGCCUAAAAAUGGCGAUGGCCGCCGUAUUUAUUCCUGUGGAUGGGAUCGUCAGGUCAUCGUCCACGACAUUAUUACCUCCUCUUGA